AGGAGGGCGGACCAGCUGCUGAACCUCCUUUGUGGCGCCAACGUCUGUUAGGGGGGCAGCUCCCAGCCUCAGCACAGAGCAGCCCCUCGCUGCAAAGCGCUGACAGGCCAAACGGGCAGCGAGAGCGGUGGGUUAUGUUAUCCCUAGCUUAGCAAGAGGAAACAGGGAGUAACUUGGGAUCAGAUGUGUCUAACGCAAUUUCUUUGCAGAUGGGGGUGUGGAGGGAAUCAUUUGGUUACAGUCUGAUGUCUUGAAUGGCGGAGGCUAGAGGACCUCCCCCCCACAACAGUGUUUUGAACCAGAACGGGUCUCAAAGAAACCCCUUGGCCUUGGUUUAGCAGCAGCUGGGGAGGUAGAAGCUGGGGGAAAGCUGUUCCAACGGUUACUUGCCUUCACUGCUCGAGACAUGCACCUUAUUUCCAGGCUAAUGGUGGCAGGCUUCAACUUCCAGCCCCAGGAGCUUGUGUGUUUGUUCGCGGCCAGGAUGCUGAGGUUGAGAGCUAGGCCUAUCAUUACACAGCGAUGGUGGUCCCAGGCUCAUCAGGAACUACAGGCCCCCUCAGUGGGUGGAGAGCAGCCACUACAUGAAGGAUGACUAAGUGUUUUGGAUAAGGGAUGAAAGCACAGGAACGGGAGCACAGGUCAGAGGUCGCCAGCUCUCCUCCACCCCAUUGGAAAUCCUGCUGUUCCUCAAUGGUUGGUAUUACGCGACCUACUUCCUCCUGGAGAUCUUCAUAUUUGUCUAUAAGGGGCUGCUGUUACCUUACCCAUCUGCCAACCUGGCCCUGGACCUGGUCAUGCUCUUCCUCUACCUUGGCAUCGAAGUCACACGGAUAUUUUUUGGCUCCAAGGGGAACCUGUGCCAGCGGAAGGUGCCACUCUCCAUCAGCCUGGCCCUGACCUUCCCAGCGGCUGUGAUGGCAGCCUACUACCUGCUGCUGCAGACCUAUGCCCUGCGCCUGGAGGCCAUCCUUAAUGCCAUCCUGCUGCUCUUCUAUGCUGUGGAGCUGCUCCUGGGCAUCCUCACCCUGGCCUCCUUCUCCAGCGUGGACUCAUACUGAGGCUCUGCCUGGGCUGCUUGGUGACAGGCGAGGUGAUGUAGCCCCUGCCCUCCUCCCCCUGUGCCCCUCUCCAUGCUGCUGGGCUGAUCACCGCCUCCAAGGGGUAGACUCAGGCCCUUGGAGCAGAGCUACACAUGGCUGCAGCCUCAUUCCACCUCUGAGCCUUCCUGAGCAGAGAGCCCCACCAGCCUUCUGGAGAGGGUCUGACUUCAUACCCCAGACUCAGCAGCCCCCAUGGGCAUGAGGCAGCUCUCCCCACCCCCAAGCACUACCCUCUCCCACCAGCUGGGCUCCUGGGGCUGCCUGCUUGGGGAGCUGCUGCCUAGUCCCUGGCCUGGCAGCUUGGGUAGAGGUGUGUCUCAGCCCCAGGAUGUGAGGCCAGGGGCCACAUAGUAUAGCUCCCCACUCCUGCCCCCAGUGCUGCCAGUACCUGCUGUGUGUCCCAUUCCAUCGUUGCAGGUGUGUGCAUUUUGGUGUGGUCCUGUCUAUUGCAUGUGUGCAGUGACCACAGGGGAGGCCUUGCCCCUCCCCCUCUGGGACCUUUCUGCCCCUCCGCGGGGCUAGGGAGGAGGGCUUGGUGCCCCUCCCCCUGGACUCAGUGUUAUUCCCUGUAUCAGUAACUUGUGGCACUUUUUUUUUUCUACUGCAUUGUUGGAGGAAUGACUAUUUUCCAAAUAAAUAUUUAUUUUCUAUA